AUGAUAAAAUAUUUCAAUUAAAUACUCAAAUUUAAUUUCUGGAAAAAUAAAAAAAACUAUAAAUAAUUAUAAGAAAAAAUAGCAAUUCUAGCCUUCGAAAACCCAUAAAACGCAUGGGAAAUAAUAUUCAAAUUAGGCUUUGAUUUGCAUUUAGAUUUAAUAGGCUGGAUAUAAGGAGAAAAUCCAAUUUUAUUAUAACAAAAUCUGCUUAACUAAUUAAUAAAAUUAAUCCAAAUAGAAAUAUGUAAAGAGACGAAAUAAGUACUUCAUUAUAAUCCAACAAACAUUCGCUUUAUUCAAUCCUCUAAUAAUAUAAUACCUUUACAUGAAAACAUAUUACAACCAAUUGGUUAUUUACAUGAAUCGAGUACUAUGUAGUAUAAUAGACUUAUUUCUGUAUGUUCUUUAAGGGAUAUAAGAUAUUCUUGGGCUUUAAUAAAGCUUUUAAAUAAGCUAUUAUAAAAAAGUAUCUUUUUUAUUAAUAUGGACUCAAAAUGUGAACCAUUGGAUUAUUAAAUUUUCAAUUUUUAGAAUUAAAAUAAUAACGCUUUUAUAACUUUGUCAAUGUCUACAUAAUUUUCUAAUUAUAGAGUUUUAUGUAUGAACCCUAUUAAAAAUGAUCUCGCUUAGAAAGUAUUGAAUAAAACUGCCCUUAGGAGAGAUUAGGUGCCUAAAGUUUAAGUUGAAAGAUUAAAAUUGUAAGAUUAGAUAGAUUUUUAAAAAAACUAAGGCUAGAAUUUAAAUUAUAAUAAUACAAAUAAUAAUUAAUAUUAAGAUUAAAAAGCAUAAACUCAUAAAAAUAUUGCUACUUAAUUAUAAAAAGAAGAUUUUAUUUUUACUAAAGCCUAUGAAUAAAUAAAAGAUAUUCCAAUUACAUAAUUAAGACCUGUUAAACCUACUGGAACAGAUCCUUUUAUUGCUUUUGAAAUAAUUUUCAAAGGAGAAUUAGUUAUGGGCGAAUCAGGUCCUUAUAGGUAAUUUUUUGCAGAUAUAUCUUCCGAAUUAUAACCUAAUGUAUUAUCUUCUCAUAAACGUCAAUUAAAUUUAUUAUGUCCAUCAACCAAUAAUUUAUCUAAAAUGGGUGAUUCUCGUGAAAAAUACGUAAUUAAUCCAUCUGCUAAAAGCUCUUAUUAAUUAUAACUUUUUGAGUUUCUCGGAAUUUUAAUGGGUGAAUGUAUACGCACAGGGACCCAUUUAACAUUAGAUUUACCUCGAAUUUUAUGGAAAUAGCUUGUCAGUUAACAAGUUACAUUGGAAGAUUUGGAAGAAAUCGAUAAACCUGUAUUUGAUUUAAUUAAAUUUAUUGAAAAUUGUGAAAAAGAAGUCUUUGAGUAGUCCUUUUUCGAAACCUACACUACUACACUAAGCGAUAUGUCGACUAUAGAAUUAAUUAGAGAUGGUUCUAAAAUAUAGGUUGGGUAUGAAGACAGACUUGAUUAUAUAGCUAAAUUAGUCGAAGCCAAAAUAGGUGAAAGUUAAUUACAAAUUCAUGCUAUUAAAAAUGGUUUAAAUUAAAUCGUGCCUUUACCAUUGUUAAACUUGGUGGAUGCUUCGGAUUUAGAAAUGUGGGUUUGUGGAAAGAAAAAUGUGGAUUUCGAUUUACUUAAAAGACAUACAAUUUAUAGUGGAAAUUUAAACGAAAACACACCCCAUGUGAAAAUGCUUUGGGAGGUUUUGCAUGAAUUAAAUCAUACGGAAUCUCUUAGGUUUGUCAAGUUUUGCUGGGGAUAGGAAAGAUUGCCACCUAAUGAUGAGGAAUUCGAAAGAAAUUAAACUAGAUUUAUGAUUAAACCGGCUACUUAUUCAAGCUCGAAUUCUGAUAAAUUACUACCAAAAGCAGAUACAUGCUUUUUUAAUUUAGAACUACCAGCUUAUACUAAUAAAGCUUCGUUAAAAAGCUAGUUAUUAAUUGCUAUUAAUACAGAUUGUGAUUCUAUGAAUGCAGAAGACCCUAUUAAUUUAGAUCCAGAAGCUUAAUAUAAUAGACAUAGUAAUGGUGAAUCUUCUUAUGAGGAAGAAUGA